ACCCUGAGAGGAAGAGUAGAUGGUACAUGCCGCUGGUGCAGACAGUUCAACCGCGGUUUACAGCGCUUUUUCACAUUUGCACUGGUUGCUGAAUCUUAACUUUUCGAGCUCGCCAUGGCUCUGUGCGGGGGAGUCGGAGCCAUGGCUUUGCCCAGCGAGCUUAUUGUCCAUAUAUUCUCCUUUCUGUCGGAUCGAGACAAGCUACGGGCCUCGUCCGUGUGUUCGCGCUGGAGGGAGUGUCUCUUCUACCCUGCGCUGUGGACUGAGCUCAAACUGCGAAUAGGUGGAGGGGGUUCCAGCUCCGAUGAAACUCCGAGGCUCGAGUUUCUGAUGCGGAAAUUCGGUUCAUUCGUGCGAGAGCUGCAGCUCGAGCUAGCCCCAGUUGAAGGAUACCUGAGUCCUUUGAACAGCGACGCAUCGGCCACACGCAUGGAGCCAUCCCGCGGUGCAGACAGCGACCCGCAACUCUCCGGGCGCUGGAAAGACGCCAUGGUCUCCUAUUUGAACCAGGUGUUAUGUGUAUUCACCAGCAUCAGAAAUAAUAGAAACCUCCAGAGGCUCCGUCUGUAUGGAGACACCUGUGUUCUUCAACAAGAGGGACUAUUGGACAGUUCCAACCUUCACCAAAUUGAGCAGGGGGACAAAAAGAUCAAUGAAAUCCAGCAAUUGUUCAUGGAGUGUUUGUCCAACAGCCGGCAGCUCCAGUGGCUUUCAUGUAGCUUCAUGCUUGGUCUGGUGACCCCCAGCUCUUUAGCUUGUUUGUCAAACCCCUCAGCAGAAACCCUGCAGCACCUCAGUUUAUUGGACCACCAACUGGGACCACUUAUGUCUCCAUCAGAGUUGGGUCGGCUCUCGAAUCUUCAGUCCCUUGCUCUGGAUUUUUCUGAUUUGACAUCAGAGCUUUGUGGUUUACUGGCAUCUCCACGUCGUACUCCUUUGCAUCGCCUCUCGCUGCUGCUCAACGGUGCUGCCCUAGAAUUUAAACCAUUAGAUGGGAUAGCUACAGAAGACGACUGGAAGGCACUUGUCCGUGUUAGCGCCAAUCUGAGAGUCUACAUCAUGGCACUUGAAGUAGUGAGCGCGGAGCUCCUUCGGGUCCUUAAACCUAGUCUCCCUUUGGAGCGUCUCCACCUCGACAGUUACAGCACCGUUGUGACUGAUGCCACAUUGGAGCUCAUUUCUCAGCAGUACAACAAAACACUGACUCAUUUCCUUCUUUUGAGAGAUGACCCUGACUUUCCGGACCUCAGCGUGAAUCGCAAUGAAGACCCCUUGGUCCUCUUGGCUUGGAGGUGUACGAAGUUGACUGUAUUGGUCUUGCAUGGAUACACUGUCUGGUCUCAUAACCUGGUAGCCAUCUCCCGCCUGCGAGGAUCCAGCCUUCAGGUCUUGACCGUGUCUGAGGAGAGUAUCGAUUUUGACCCUGACCAGUCUAUGUGCAUGGAAGGCGAUCCAUUUCAUAAUCUGGUAAAAGAGGUGUCACUGGGCCUUGGACGCGUCUGGCACCCCUGCCUGGAUUCCAACCUGGUUUUAUCUGAACCCACCCAACAUUUCCACCAAGAGGUGCAUGCUUUUAGCAUGGGCAUGUAGACAGGGUGGCAACUUGUGCUUAAAAUAGCCAACAAGUGUCAAAACCAGGCCAGAAUAAGUCAGAUCAGACCUCAAAUCUUUGUUCAGAGCAGAUCUUAAACACCCACGGUUUUAUUUUGCUGUUAUUUAUUUCUGUCAGCUAACUGACUACCAUUCAGUGUUCUGCUCUGAGUUUGUUGGCACAGUCAGUCUGGUCUGGUUUUGUUCACAAGUACUAUAUGGAGCUUCACCUUAUUAACCUCUGCAACAUAUUUUAUUGUUAACUUUUGCUCUGCUUCUAACCUUAAUUCAUGUGUGGUGGUUUAUUUGCCUCUAUAGAUGUGUGUAUUUGCAUAUAUUGCUAUCCCGCCCACAGUGAAGAUAGAACAUGGCAGACUUGCUGAAUGAUAAUGAAUGGAAUAAUAGGGGUUAAAAGUGCAGGGGAUGAGUGCUUUAGUUCAACAAUCUUUUGGCAUUUGUCAGUCUUUUAAAAUUGUCUCUAGUAGUGGAGGUAAAUAUACCUAACACACUUAUUAUAGUCUGAGCUGCUUUUGGAUGGUCUCAUUGGAGCUCAUUCUUCAUUUGUCUUCUAAGUUGAGAACAUUUCCUGCAGGGUGGGAAUUUAAUACAAUAAAUUGACUGACCUUGGCAGGUGCAAAUGUUUUUGGCUACAGUCAUGUGUUUUCCAUGACUCAGGGUUUUGAGCAUUGUUCAGUAGCAUGUAAAAGCCAAGUGCACCUUGCUGGUUCAGAUAUCUGUCCCUGCUGCUAGUUUUCCCACCCUGCUAACCUUCUCAACUGUUCUCAUGAGGACAAAGGAUGGAGCCUUGUCUUCCGACUGACAUUUGAAGCCAAAUUCUAAACUACUCAAAACCCCCUUCACUGUACAAGUCACCCCUAUUUUAUUAUGUUUAAAGUUUAUAUAUUUACAUAUAUUUUGUAUAUUCUAGGUGAUACAUCAGUGGUAUCCUCCAGAGGUUAAGAUAUUUUAACAGGUUACUGUUUCAGAGUGUUUAUAUAUCCUGAUGCCAUUGUGGGCAUCCACUUAAAACAAUGUGUAUAGUUAAACUCUGGAAUGCAACAACACAUAGAAAUGGCUAUUUGUUUCCUAUCGCCAUACAUAAUGUCUAGUAGAACCACUCGUUCCAGACAUUUCAGGAGGCUGUGCUAAAAUAACAAACAUUUGUUUUGGCAGAGCUUUGAAAGCAAGAUGUUGCAUACAUACCAGCAACAGCACAGCCAAACCUGUUUUUCUCUACGGAGGAUUUAAGUGUUCUGUAAACAACAGGGGCACUGAAAUGGAUGCACUGAAUGUAACUUAUUUAUCAUUCUGUUGGCCAGUCUGUUUGACAGGGUGCUUUUGUUUUCUCUUACUCCAAUAUAUAAUUACUCUAUUACAAUAUCUAUUGCCAGCAGUCAGGGUUAAACGUUGCAUGUUUCAUCAAUGGCCAAGACUUGUGUUUGACACUCGCAGCACAACAUGGCGUUUAGUCAUGGGGCUCUUUUCUGUGGCUUAUAGGUUAUUAUCAUCAGUCUCAGGUAGUAUUUUAAAAUCACUAUGACCAUAACAAUGAAGUGAUGUUGUCUUGUAGGUUAUGUGAAUCAGUCACUCAGUGUAAAAGAAAAAUCUUUUUUUUUUUUUUUUUUCAGUCACUGUUGCCUUUCAAAAGCCCUUGUUUUCUGGUUGUUUCUGGUGAUGUUUCGCUUGCCAUUUGAGAAAACCUCACUCCACUAUUGAGGGUUUACUAACUUAAUCAUACAUUUGUUUUCCAAGAUUAAGGUAAAGAAUGGCAGAAUGCUCAUCGCACGUGUUUGAUAUCCCCAUAUGGCUGUGUGCAUUGGGGCUUAAAAAUUUAUGUUUUAGAUGGUUGAACUGCUUGGCCCAAUUGCUGAUGGAACCAACAGAAUGUAGUGCUUGAGUAUUCUACUUUUAGCUAGAGCUUUUUUUAUUUUGAGUGCAUCUUUUUAAGAUGUCUUAAGCCAACAUGUUUGAAAACACUCAGUCUUUGUCAAGACAACAGACACUUGAGUUACUGAGUUACCAAAUGUUGCAGCAGGGAAUGAUUGGGUAAAGUAUUCUGCCAUCUGAUGCUAUAGUGUGUGUCUUUGUUGUAAUAACACACGUUACAAAGAUGUUUUCUGAGCAGGGAUCUUACCAAUUGGUCCUCCGAAUGGCCACAGCUGCUGGAAAUCCCAUAUGCAUUGUGGUUUUAAGGGUCUGGGCUGGAAUAGGAUGGUCCAUAUCAAGGCUGCUAUUGAGUGUAUUUACAACGCGCCAGCACUUUUCUUGGUUCACCAUGAACUGUUCUUGUUGUUGGGCCUAUGGUGUUUGCCUCCUACUUCAUGGACCACAAUUGUUUAGCCAUGAUAAUCUCAAAUCCUUGGUCUAUAUCUCAGGAUUAAAGCACUUUGGUACCUAUAAUUACUUUGAAACCACCUGUGGCUAUCUCUGGAGCUGUAUGCUCGGAUACACCAACGUAGGCUUUAAAAAAAAAAAAUCCCCUUCUAUUUUGCAUCUGAACUCCAUUCACAACACAAAGUAAUGUUUUUAGGAUAUGGGAUUACAGAUAUAGUGAGAGUAAUCUUAAGAAUUUUUUUUUUUUAAAGAACACCUAUUGAUUUUUAACCUGCAUAACCACUCAUUCCUUGCACAGAAUGACAAGGUUGUUAUUGGCCGGUCCAACUCUUAAGGAGCAACAAUGGCAAAAUGUAGAUAAAAGCAAAACAUUUGUUUAAAUUUGCUUUUAUCUUGGACCAGAGAAAAUUUUACUUUGACAUAAAUGUUCAUGGUUCUAUUUUUCUUAUAGAUUACGGGGUCAGUGGGUUAAAUGAAGGCUAGAUCAUUCUCUGCAUUUUAGCAUAUAGUGGUUUAUUAAAAUGACCCAACUUGUGCCUAAAAGCAUCUGUAUACUCACUGCUUUUAACCUUUUUUCUCUCUGAAUUUUGCCUGUUGUUUGUGGUCCUUGUUGCUUGUUCCCAAUUUAGGAUUUUGAUAUUAGAGUUACACUUUCACACAUUGUAUAUCUAUCUAUUUAAAAUGUCUUGAGUGUGCCUGUGUUGUCUGCGCAAAUUGUAAUGGUUAUUGUAUCUAUUAGACAACUAAAAUAGUAUGACUGUGGCUCAGGCAGGACUAGUGUUCUGUGUAUUAUCUCAUUCUGCAGCAGGAAGCAUGAACAGAAAUGGUUUAUUCUCAGGAUCAAGUUUGUUUUGGAAAAGAGAAGGAGGGAAGGUGGUAACUAUAACUCAGGCUUAAGGAGUCACUGGAUCUCUUGACCUCUUGUUGUUUGAGCUGCCAAAGACCAUAGUGAAACAGACGCUGGUCUGUCUGAAGUGCCCGCGCAUAAACUAGCAGGAGGCUGUGCUGACUCCAAUCCUCCCUUCCAUUUUCACUAGGUCAUAUUCACAUACUGAUUCACUGACCUUGACUUUGCUUGCUCCCACUCUACUGUACUAAACUGGACUGGAAGUUUUUGCCAAUUCUGGGUAACCUGAAUCAUAUGGUCAUCAUGCUUAAUUGCAAAGGUUUUUGAGUUCAUUUAAAAAAAACAAAAGACAGUUGUAGCAUGCAAAGACCGUAAUUUACUCUGGGCCUUUAUUUUUUUUAAAUAGUGGGUCAAUGUAAAAGCUGAACGCAACUAGGCAAAGAGUCUAAACACCGGGACUGAACACCACUUGAAAGUUAUGGAGUUUCUAUGCAGGGUUGAAUUGUUACAAGAUAAUCACAUAUUUACUGCAUGGCAGCCAUGUAACUAAAGGUUUUGUAUUAUAAAGCCAGUGUGCAUGAAAUGCUAAGUUGUCAGGUGUUUAGUUCCGGUUUUAAUGCUGUAAAGUAAUUGCUGUUAGAAAUGGUUUAGGAACAGGACAUUCCACAUGGAGAUUACUCAGUCUAUAUGCUCUGCAUUUAGUACCUGUGUAUAUACAGUAUAAAGGGUUUGAAGAGUAAGCAGGAAAUACUGACAAAGACUAAACACAUCAGCUUAACAGCUGGUCAGAGCAAGGAGAGCUGUGAUACCGUUCAAAAAUGACUCUUAUGAAGCUUGUCUUUUCAGUGUAUUUUUGUUUACUUUGUGUCUUGUUAACAUAACUUCCAGAGGCCAUUUUUUGUAACUCUUGUGUCUGGUACACUAAGGAAGGCUUAAUCGGCUUCAACUGAGAUAAAAAGCUACUCUUUGCCGUGUAUGUGCAAAUGUGUGUGUAUACUAUUGUAUACACUUAAGUCGGUCUUACAAUUAGUUUUAAAUAUUAUAAAAGAGAAAGUGAAUAUUGAGACAUUUUCCCACUAUCUCUGUAGGUAUACAAAUCUCUAUAGGUACAAACACUUCUGAGACCAGCAGUUUUGUGUACAACUUUGUUAUUUCCUAUUCAUUGUUGAGAAUUAAAGACUUCUUCUAUAGUACCACACCAGCAGAUAUUUAUUUUCUGUCUCUGUUAAAUAUAUAAAAGAAAAAAAUUUAAUCAAAGAGAACUCCCUGUGGCUAUGUGAAUUCCAAGAGCUGGUCUCUAAUGUAGUCCAUCUGAAAGUGUUGAUAGCAACUGAAAACUAUUGAUUGUAGUAAAUGUAUGAGGGUUUUGUUACAUCUACCACACAUAAACUUGGAGUGGAGGCUGCAAAUUCUUUGUGCUGAAUCACUGAGCUGCGUGAUCAUUUAUUAUUACCAAAGCAGCAUUGUCAUGUCAGUGUCAGUAAAACCAGACUUAACCGAUCAAUCGUUACUCAAAUUGUUUAUAGGGAAGAAACCCCCUAAAAAAAGUGUCCAAAAAAUGUAUUUCUGUAAUGCUAAUCAAAACUUCUCUUUUUAUGCAACGAAGGCCUUCUCAUAUGAGUACAUUCACAAAGACAAGGAAAUAAACCGCAACAAAACCAGACCUGGAGUUCUAUCAGGUUUCUGUUUUCUGUUCUCUUCAAAUUCUGUUUCUUUUAUGCAAGGUCAUAUUGUCAUAAGUGACUUUCUCAUUGAGAUGGGUGUAAAUAUCUUGAGUUGGGGUUAUGUAUGCUCAGAGUUGACCAAUACCUUGUCCAGCAUACUGGGCUUCGCCAGAGUUCAGCCUCAAAACUAUGCAAAAGGAAUGCAUAUAAUCCACUUGUUUGUUUAUUAUAUUUUUACUGUCACAAGACACACAGUAUUAAAAUCUUGCAAUGACAAUACUUGGCCUUAUGAUAACUAUAUUUUGUUUGAAUUUACUUUUAAAAUGGUUUAUUUUGAUCAGUCAGUCAAGCGACCGUGGUGAAGACGACAGGCUCACUCUUAGUCUCUGUGAGACUGGUUAGAUGGCCUCAGUUUUAUUGUGGUACGAAUGUUGUGCAUUUGUUUAAAAUCAACAUCAUUUGCAAUAAUAGUUUUAUUAAUGGCCACAAAGGGGAACAAGCAGUGCUGACAGCACCUGGCUGCUUCUUUAAGAACCACAGAACAAGAAGUCAACAUUCUAUAGAUACAUAUGUGAAGCUUGCACAGUAUUUGUACAGGUAUCAGCAAUGCAUUAUCAAAUUAUACUGUUAUGCAACACAUGUCAGUUAAAUAUAUUUCAGACCUUUCCUUUUACAAAAAUAGUUUUAUGUUAUAUGUUAGUGUUAAGAGCUUUCUUCUGUUAAAGUGAUCAGAUGAAUUCAUCACAGUGGGAUAUAUUUCAUGUUUGUAAGGAGGAAAUAAUUUUUUUUAAAGAACACAUUUGAGUUUGUAGUUCUAAAUGAUCCAUGACACAUUUUUGACUCAUGUUUCUGAAACCACCACUUGGUAAUUGUUUCAUCAAAGUUAUUACUCUCACCAUUUUGACUCAUCUGUUAAAGAGCUUUUAGUUGGUAAUUGGCAUAAUGUGUGCAUAAAUGUUUCCAUAAAACUUGUAGAAAAUCAAAGUUGAAUCUCCCCAAAUGUUCUGUUUAUGUGUUUUGUUUUGGGGGUUUUUUCAAGAUGAAUGUGCCUACAGGGGAUUGAAGAUUUUUAAUAGCAGAGUUGACCUAUGUUUAUACAUCACAUAGCCUACUCCCUCCAUGUAAAGUUUGAUGAAUCAAUGACAUGUGGGGGUUCAACCUGCGAGAUGUUGAUCUGAAUCUAUGUGGAAUGAAUGCUCCUCUUUUAGUCUGUGAAUAAAAGUGUAUAUCUA